AUGCCAGGUUUAACUCCAAUAAAUUGUUCAAAUGCCCCACCAGCUGCUGCUUCAUAUUCUCAUGCUAUGAAAGGUAAUGGUUUCAUCUACGUAUCUGGGCAAAUAGCUCUAUUGCCAGAUGGGACUCGUGUCGAAGGCUCCAUCUCAGACAAAGCUCAUCAAAUCUUUAAAAAUAUUUCUGCCAUCUUAGAAACCGCUGGCUCUUCAUUAAAUAAAAUCAUUAAAGUUAACAUUUUCUUGGCAAACAUCAAGGAUUUUGAGGAAUUUAAUGCUACUUAUAUUAAAUACUUUAAUACCCACAAACCAGCCAGAUCUUGUGUAGCUGUUGCCGCAUUACCAUUAGGUGCUGAUGUGGAAGUUGAAGUAGUUGCUUUAGAAUAG